CUCGGCGGGGCUCGGUUCGGAGCCGGGCUACCGGCGCGCUGAGGGGGCCCCGUCCGCUGCGGCGAAGGGAGGGCGGGGUGGAGCGUACCCGGUACUUUCCAUACGGGUUCCGGGGCGCGGUAGAGGCGCGCCGAGAGCGGAGGAAAGCGCGGCGGCCCUGGAACCUGGAUAUCGCGCGAGGCAAGCCGCGCGCGGGCGGGCGGGCUAUGGCGCAGGCGGGUUGCGGGGCCGGCGCUGGUGGCGGGGCCCGGUGCAUGGCGGUCUGUCGGCGGAGUCGCCCUCGGGGGCUGUCAGAUUUGUGACCCAGAAGGAAAUCUCUGACAUCAGCUGUGGCUCCAAGUGCUGGCCAGAAGUCAACUUCAUGUCUGAGUGCACGAGCAACAGUUUGCCAUGGAGAGCUUGGGGUUGCAGACGGUGACCCUCAGUGAUGGGACAACUGCCUAUGUCCAACAAGCUGUCAAAGGAGAGAAACUGCUUGAAGGGCAAGUGAUCCAGCUCGAGGAUGGGACCACUGCAUACAUUCACCAGGUGACUGUCCAAAAAGAAUCUCUCUCCUUUGAGGAUGGACAGCCCGUGCAGCUGGAAGAUGGCAGCAUGGCCUAUAUACACCGCACACCCAAAGAGGGCUAUGACCCCAACGCCCUGGAAGCUGUCCAGCUGGAAGAUGGCUCCACCGCCUAUAUUCACCACCCUGUCACUGUGCCAUCAGACGGCACCAUCCUGGCCGUGCAGACAGAGGUGGGCUUGGAGGACCUGGCUACAGAGGAUGAUGAGGGCUUCAACACAGACACGGUAGUAGCCCUGGAGCAGUAUGCAAGCAAAGUUCUGCAUGACAGCCAGGCUCCCCACAAUGGCAAAGGGCAGCAAGUUGGAGACAGAGCAUUCCGCUGUGGCUACAAGGGCUGUGGGCGUCUCUAUACCACCGCCCAUCACUUGAAGGUACAUGAACGAGCCCACACAGGUGACCGGCCAUACAGGUGUGACUUCCCCAGCUGUGGAAAGGCCUUUGCCACAGGCUAUGGACUGAAGAGCCACGUUCGCACCCAUACUGGUGAAAAGCCGUACAAGUGCCCAGAGGAGCUGUGUAGCAAGGCCUUCAAGACCUCGGGAGACCUGCAGAAGCACGUCCGGACCCACACUGGUGAACGCCCGUUCCGGUGCCCUUUCGAGGGUUGUGGCCGCUCCUUCACUACAUCUAAUAUCCGCAAGGUACACGUGCGUACCCACACAGGCGAGCGGCCCUACACCUGCCCCGAGCCCCACUGUGGCCGCGGCUUCACCAGUGCCACCAACUACAAGAACCACGUGCGCAUCCACACAGGGGAGAAGCCAUAUGUUUGCACGGUGCCAGGCUGCGGGAAGCGCUUCACCGAGUAUUCCAGCCUGUACAAGCACCACGUGGUCCACACACACUGCAAGCCCUACACCUGCAGCACCUGCGGCAAGACCUACCGGCAGACCUCCACCCUGGCCAUGCACAAGCGCAGCGCGCAUGGAGAGCUGGAAGCCACCGAGGAGAGUGAGCAGGCCCUCUACGAGCAGCAGCAGCUUGAGGCCGCCUCUGCCGCUGAGGAAAGCCCACCACCCAAACAAGCGCACAUUGCUUACCUUUCGGAGGUAAAGGAAGAGAGUGACGACAUCCCAGCCCAAGUAGCCAUGGUGACGGAGGAGGAUGGGGCCCCGCAGGUGGCUCUGAUCACUCAGGAUGGCGCCCAGCAGGUCAGCCUAUCCCCAGAAGACCUGCAGGCCCUGGGGAAUGCCAUCAGUGUGGUGACCCAGCACAGCAGCAGCGCCCUCACCAUCCCCAGCCAGGACAGUGACCUGGCCACACCGGGUGCACACACGGUCACCAUGGUCAGCGCCGAUGGCACCCACACCCAGCCCGUCACAAUCAUUACCUCUGGGACUGUAGUAGCUGAGGACUCAAGUGUUGCAUCCCUCCAUCACCAACAGGUGGCACUGUUGGCCACAGCCAACGGAACGCACAUUGCAGUACAGCUGGAGGAGCAGCAGACCUUGGAGGAGGCCAUCAGUGUGGCCACUGCAGCCAUGCAGCAAGGAGCCGUGGCCCUGGAGACCACCGUGUCAGAGAGCGGCUGCUGAGCCCAGGGCUGGCUCCCACUCCGUGCUGGCGGAGGCGCUGUGCUCACAGGCAGCCCUGCCUCCAAGGGCCCUGGCUGUGGCUGGCACACGGAAGGUGUCUGGAGAGAGAAGGCAGCCCAAAGAUGGCCUCACUGACGGGGAGGGCCAGGCAGCAGGGGCUGAGGAGAACCAGCCUAUCACCAGGCGGCACUAGGACCUGCUCUCCUUCCUCUGGAAAACACCCAUCCCACAUCUGUCCACCCCACCCCCCUCAGGUGGAGAUGGGGGCGGCAGGUGCCGGCCCCCGUGCCCACAGGUCAGGGCCUCACAGGGAAAGGGCAGAGAGCUCUUCAGCCCAGGAUGUCAGGGCAGAGCAGCCCAGCCUUGCCCAGCAAUAACCACCUCCUGGAGGCAGCCAGAACGUCUGUCACCUGGCACUAGAGAUUUCCUGGCACCACAGAAUUAAUUCCUCAGGGGCCUGUGGCUGGCACGAAGGUGCCCAGCUCCCCACAACACUCCCCAGCUGCUUCCCAAUCUCUUUGUGGCAAAAACAGAGAGUGAGUGGCCUGUACAUAGACUGCUGGGGAUUGGGGUUUCAUUUGUUUUGUGGUUGUUUUUUUAAAAUUCCAUUUUGAUAAUUUUCUUCCUUCUCUGGGGGGUGGUGGCAAACGGGUGAAUGAAUAUUUAAUAAAAGUUCCAAGUUUCCACCUG